UCGUCGGCACGCCCCACUGGCCCGUGGGGUGGUUCAAAAGACUUAGGGCUGUCGCGUCUAAGCAGAGGUGGUGGUCUGAAACGUUGAUUUUACGAUACCUACUACCUAGCAUCGCUCGUUCGGAUCACAUCUGUUUGUGCUCUGUUUAAGCAUAACUACUUGAGUUAGCUUGUUGGCUAACUUACAUCAGUGGUUCAACCUUCGCGAAUUAUCUAUGGAUGCCACCGAAGAAAGCAAGAUGAGAGCGGAGAAGAGACGGCAGCACCAGGCUGAUUCACCCAGAUAUCGCCAACCGCAGCAUGACCCAGCGCUGGAGAACCUGGAGAGUGAUGUCGGUGGGAUCGGGUGGUGCCUGAUGGGGAUCUCCAUGCUCCUGGUGAUCGUCACCUUUCCCAUCUCCAUCUGGAUGUGCAUCAAGAUUGUGAAGGAGUACGAGCGGGCUAUCAUCUUCCGGCUCGGACGAAUCCUCAAGGGAGGCGCUAAGGGACCAGGUCUGUUCUUCAUCAUUCCCUGCACCGACAGCUUCAUCAAUGUGGACAUGCGCACCAUCACCUUCGACAUCCCUCCACAGGAGGUGCUGACGAAGGACUCGGUGACCGUGUGUGUGGACGGGGUGGUGUACUACCGCGUGCAGAACGCCACGCUCGCGGUGGCUAACAUCACCAACGCCGAUGCUGCCACACGCCUGCUGGCCCAGACCACCCUGCGCAACGUGCUGGGGACCAAGAACCUGGCGGAGAUCCUGUCUGACCGCGAGGAGAUCGCCCACAGCAUGCAGUCCUCCUUGGACGAUGCCACCGAUGACUGGGGCAUCAAGGUGGAGCGGGUGGAGAUCAAGGACGUGAAGCUUCCUCUGCAGCUUCAGAGAGCGAUGGCGGCCGAAGCAGAGGCUUCCCGCGAAGCUCGAGCUAAGGUGAUCGCGGCGGAGGGGGAGAUGAACGCCUCGCGGGCCCUGAAGGAGGCCUCCAUGGUGAUCGCUGAGUCGCCCUCCGCCCUCCAGCUGCGCUACCUGCAGACCCUCAACACCAUCGCAGCCGAGAAGAACUCCACCAUCAUCUUCCCCCUGCCCAUCGACAUGAUCCAGGGCUUCAUGAAGCACUGAGCCGGGCGCGGCCAGCCCGUGGGGCACUGACCUGGGGUCAGCGGGGCCUGCACGCAUGUAGGGUAGCUACUGAAAGAGCCCGUUCCGGUUACAUUUCAUUUGGAGGCUUUGAAAGGGAUGUCCGUUUUGUCAUGAGCAUAGCGUUCGGCUUUGUGUGUGUGUGUGUGUGUGUGUGUGUGUGUGUGUGUGUGUGUGUGUGUGUGUGUGUGUGUGUGUGUGUGUGUGUGUGUGUGUGUGUGUGUGUGUGUGUGUGUGUGUGUGUGUGUGUGUGUGUGUGUGUGUAAGCAUUUUCAGGUGGCUGGUAAAGAACGUGUGAUGGUAUUGACCAGUGUUUUGGAGUCUGGGCCACUGACCUGGGAUCAACAGGAAUGUGCCUUCUGUCUCUCAUGGUGUGUAGGGUUCGUUACUGAAGAGUCGUCCUGUGUCUGAUGGUAUGUAGGGUUACGUACUGAAGAGUUCUGUUCGGUUUGACGUGUCGUCAGUCCCAAGCCCCAGUGGCUCCAGCCAAAUCCCAAGGGCUUUGGGCUUUGGUGGAGAGAAUUGUGAAAGUUGAGAGAACUUAGUAUGGUUUUAGGGGCUCAGAACAAUCGCAUAGCAGUCAUUUUGAUUGUUUGAACUAGUACUUGGGGUUGUUGCGUUUGACUGCCAUAUGGCACUCUUGGGACUGAAAGGACUGAAUUUCAUUUGGAGGCUUUGAAAGAGAUUUCUGUUUUGUCAUGAAUCUAGCGAAUGGCAUUGUGAGUGUGUGUGAGCGUAUAUGUGUGUGUGUGUGUGUUUGUGAGCAAGCGUUUUCAGGUGGCUGGUUAUGAAUGACUGGUGGUUUUGACCUGCGUUUUGUUAAAUUCAGCCAGAGAUGAGCAUAUUGUUGAAAAAGCAAUCUAACAAUCGGAAUGACUCGAAAAGCCUUAAGCCAUUUCCGUUAUAACAUUUGUUACAUUUCAUUUGUAUUUCUACAUGUGAUCAUAAUUUGAUAUGCUAUGCCUUUCAAGUUUUUAUUUGUGACAAAAACAUAUUUUUUACGGUAAUGUAAAUUUUAGGUUGAAUUUAACAUUUUUACAUUUUAACAUAAUUAUAUGUUUUAUAUUGAAAUUGGAGAUGGCUGGUAUUGGCCCCGUUAUCAAAAGUGAAAACCAAUAUUUCCGACUGAAUUUACCCAUGAGCUGCACCGAUUAGCAUCAUCAUUAUAUCAUGGGUGCCAUACCAAAGAUUUCGGUAAAAAAAAAAAAAAAAAAAUGUUUCGAUGGAUAAAUUCAUGUUACGAUUGACUCCUCUUUACUUGUGAAAUAUUAAACACACUUCAAUAAACUACUGUCCUGAAACAGGCGUUAAGCUGUUAAGCCAUUGAACACAUAAUGCAUACCCUUAUCUUUAAUUUUCAAUUUUUUUAAUGAUGUUCUGAGUAUUGUCAGACAUUUUUGUGUUAUAUGUUUGUAAUUCUAUAACUGAAAACUCAGUAAUGUGCUACUUAUAUCCUAUGGUUUUUUCAGCUUCAGCCGAUGUUCAAUUUAUCAAUAAAAAAUAUGUAUGAGAGACA